UGAAAUAGCAGACAUAGAGUGAACAGUUUACGAUGCGGCUUGUUGAAGUCACGCUGCAGGGCAAGCCCCGACACUCAGACGCGGUGUCGUGUGUGGCCUGGGUGACGCCCGACGAGCUCUACUCAUGCGGAAACGACCACCAGCUGCUACGUUGGAACGUACCCAGCGGUGAGACGAGCAAAGUCGCUGAUCUUCCAGCUGAUGUUUUCCCGCUAGAAAUGCACGUGAGGCCUCGCAGUGGCGUGCAAGGAGGCAAUGCGGAGGCAGAGAUCAUCUUUCUUAUCACAGCGGAUGAUGGCAAGUUUCAUCUCGUGAACCGCAAGGGCCACGUAGAGAAGAGCGUUGCUGCCCACCAGGGGGCGGCUCUAACUGGCCGCUGGAAUCACGACGGGUCGAGCUUUCUUACUGGCGGUGAGGACGGCCUGGUGAAGGUCUGGACGCGUAGUGGCAUGCUGAGGUUCUGGCUGAGCAAGAGCUCAGGGUUCGUCUACAGCACCGCCUGGUCCCCUGACUCGGACGCGGUGCUCUACACGUCUGGCACCGCGCUAGUCAUCGAGCCUCUGGCACCCAAUACCAAGCCAAUACAGUGGGAAGCCCACGAAGCCCUUGUCCUGAAAGUGGCUUGGAACCCCAACACCGGUCUCAUCGUGUCGUGGGGGGAAGACGAGCGCUAUAAAGUGUGGGAUCACGACGGCCGGCAGCUGCACAUAUCAGCGCCCCGCUACCAAAACAUCACUGCACUCGCAUGGGCAGCGGACGGGCAGCUCUUCGUCAUGGGGUCGUACAACGCACUCAUACUCUGCGACAAGAAUGGGUGGUGUCACUCUCUGCAUCGUCCGGCUUGCGGUAGCCUCCUCAACUUGGCCUGGUCGAACGAUGGCAGUCAGGUUGCCGGUGCCGGGGAGAACGGUCACGUGGUCAUUGCUCGCGUCAUUGAAAAAUGGGUAGCAACUCCCAAAGAUGAGGACAGGCUCCACAACUGCACCAGAAUUGAAGACCCCACCAAAGAUGUUGAUUUUCAUUAUCUUGUUGAAAAACGAGAUGACUUGUGCGGACCGUACAACGACCGGGAUCUGAUGUUACGUUACGGCAGGAACAUUGUCGAACUCUUAAGGUACACCAAUACUACAGGACCUAUCCCCUACAAAACCGACAAGCAAUCUGAAUCAGGCACUCGAGCGACUGGCUGCAAAAAGAACCACUUGUACAUGCUUCCUGUGGCGCAGAGAUGGAGCGAGUACGGGCAGACUGGGAGACACAGCUUCUGGAGCAGGGACCGUGAAAUUUUUAAUCCUGAAUGUGAAAACUGGCGACAAAAGCAAACUAGAAGCGAUCGCGAAUCCUGUAGGUCAAACGGAAACAACAUAUAACAGCCGGAAAGAUGGGUCCAUCGGCCGGGAUCGUCGAGCUUCGGCAUUCACUGGUUGAUAGAACCUGAGGAUUUCUAAAAUUUCGAUAAGAACUUACUCGGAAAACGAGGGCAGGAGUAGACGAUGGUUGUUUGGAAACUCAUUGUAAAAUGCUUGGACUUACGGUAACUGAAAAAUCUGCUAUAAAGACGGAUGCAAAACCUGUUUACAUUGAAGAUGGAUGAAUUAGAUUCAUAUUAACAGGUUAUUCGAACUCCCUUCUCCGUCAACGCGGACGCAACUCAAGCAGAAAAAUGCUUAAAUUCAUCAAUGCUCAGGGCACCAUUUGCUGAGUGGCAGUAGACAUAGAGUAGUCCCUGUGUUUAUUGUUGAACUGUAAUAAAGAUAUUGUUAGCUGCUUGUGAAAUUAAAAGUUCGCUCACUUUUUACAUCUUGAAGCCAAAAGCUCCUGUCCCUAAAACCCUGUUAUGCCUCUGUUGUCUAACAGGCUGACAUUCAUUGACAGGGACAUCCAUGAGAUUUUUAUAACGUCGCUUUAAUGGUAGCCAGAUUUUUCAGUGCUGCUCAUGGUGCAGUCAGACUAUUAUAUCUUACACGAAAAGGAUUUAAUUAUUCAAUCCUGUAACUUGAUUUCUUUCUUUAUUUCUUGGAAAGAAAUGCAUGCCCAGACUUCCUCUCCUCUCAUCGCUCUCAUAUUAUGUCAGGACUGAUGAAAAGGACAUUUUUCCAAUUAUUCAUUUUUAUUCGCAUGAAUGUUAAUAAAUGAAUUAAUUCGUUAAUUCAGAUGGAAUGUAUUUU